AUGAAACCACCUCCAAAUCUACCACAGAAACCAGGGAACACAAAUCAACACCUAACAGAGAAACCAGCGAAACCACCUCAACACCUUCCACAGAAGCCAGUGAAACGACCUCAUCACCUCCAAAAGGAACCAAAACAAGCAAAACCAACUCAACACCUACUACAGAAACCAGCGAAAUACCCUCAACACCUCCCAUCGACACCAGCGUACCAGAACACCGAAACCACCUCAACACCUUCUACAGAAGCCAGUGAAACGACCUCAUCACCUCCAAUAGGAACCAGUAAAACCACCACAACACCUACCACAGAAAUCAGAAAAACCACCUCAACACCUACCAUAGGAACCAGUGAAACUACCUCAACACCUACCACAGAAACCAGUGAAACCACCUCAACAACUACCAGAGAAGCCAGCAAAACCACCCCAACACCUAUCAUAGGAACCAAUGAAACCAACACAACAACUACCACAGAAAUGAGCAAAACCACCUCAACACCUACCGCAGAAACCAGUGAAACCAGCUCAACACCUAUCACAGAAACCAGUGAAACCACCGCAACACCUCCCAUCGAAACCAGCGAAACCAUCUCAACACCUACCACAAAAACUGGUGAAACCACCUCAGCACCUACCACAGAAAGCAGUGAAACCACCUCAACACCUAACACAGAAACCAGUGAACUCACAUCAACACCUACCAUAGAAACGAGCAGAACCACCUCAACACCUACCACAGAACCUAGCAAAACCACCUCAACACCUGCCACAGAAGCCAGCGAAACCACCUCAACAUCCACUAAAAGAACCAGAGAAACCACCUCAACACCUACUACAGAAACCACCAAAACCACCUCAACACCUACCACAGAAACCAGCGAAAAUAUCUUGGCACCUACCACAGAAACCAGUGAAACCACAUCAACACCUACCACAGAAAUCACUGAAAGCACCUCAACUCCUACCACAGAAACCAGCGAAACUAAAUCUGCACCUACCACAGAAACCAGCAAAAGCACCUCAACACCUACCACAGAAGCCAGUGAAAUGACCACAGCACAUACUUUAGAAAACAGAGAAACCACAUCAACACCUACCAGGGAAGCCAGUGAAACCAACUCAACACCUACCACAGAAGCCAGCAAAGCCACUUCAACACCCACCAUAGGAACUAUUGAAAACACCUCAACACCUACCACAGAAACCAGCAAAACCACCUCAACACCUACCACAGAACCCACCAAAACCACCUCAACACCUACCACAGAAGCCAGCAAAACCACCUCAACACCAACCACAGAAGCCAGCGAAACC